UCCUCCAGCCAGCAAGGCGAUUUCCUAAGUGCAGACGACAGGAGUUGGAUGUGUGAAAGAAACGCGGAAAAUAUACACGGAGUCCGCCAUUUAACAGUGCAGGCAUGACAUCAAGGGCACUGUUUUUGGCCGUUCUCAGUACCGUGUUGGUCGGUGGCUGUGGAGAACGAGGGGACAUACCAUUGGGGAACGCCGGCGACCCUUUCCUUGGGGAUGCAUCAGAACCUAGGGAGUCAGACUUACUACAAGCAAUUGAUGUGAGGCCAUUAACACCCCAUGUAACAUUCAUUAGUGGAUUUGAUGGCUAUCCAGCUUUCCAGAUCAAGCAUAAUGCAGACAUUCAGAAACCAGUGUUAUCAUAUCUACCUAAAGUUCUUUUUGCAGAAUUUUCCAUUCUGGUCACUGUCAAACAGUUCUCUGCAGAAGGAGGAUUUUUAUUUGCAGUAGUGAAUCCCAUGUCAAAUGUCCUUCAGUUUGGAUUGAAUAUCACAGAGGUGGUGGACGGACACCAAAAUAUAGUACUUAUUUACACAGAGCUAGAAAAACAUAAGGAGUUGGAGCCAACAGCCACUGCUAUUGCCACCUUUAAGGUGCCCCAAUUUGUAAAACAAUGGUCGAGAUUUGCAAUCUUGGUUUAUCAGGAGAGUAUUACACUUUACUUAGACUGCGAGGAAUACGAGACAGUGACCUUCGAAGACAGGAAGCCACUGAUGCUCAUUCCUGGAUCUACGCUGUACAUAGGGCAGGGCGGAGCAUUUGGAGGCCAUUUCCAGGGAGCUGUGCAAGAACUCAAGAUCCACCCUGAUCACCGGGAGGCAGAGGACCAGUGCCAAGAAAAUUUUAUAGGCAGUGGAUCUAAUCCCUCAGACAGUGGGGAAGACUUUACCAUAGCAAGUCAUUUAUUUUCUGAUUUCAAUGGGGUGACACAACCAUCCACAGGGGUAACUGACAGCAGUGGGAAUAGUAAAGGAGAAGUGGGUAAUAUUGGACUGCUGAUACCUCCCCCUAUCACCCCACCCCCUCCAGAAUACCCCUACUAUAAAGGUGACAAGGGUGAAAAGGGAGAUACGGGUCCAGCCGGCCCAAAGGGUGACCGAGGUUUAACUGGACAGCAAGGCUACUCAGGACUCAGUGGCAGUAAAGGAGAGAAGGGGGAUAGAGGAAGCAAGGGUGACCAGGGUCCACCUGGCCCCCCUGGACCUGGAGUGGACAGUGCUGUGGUGCCGCCCCCUGUAGUGGUAGGACCAGGUGGACGGGUGGUGAAUGCCAGCACUUCACCACUGAUUAUACGGGGGAGAGGUCCUAAAGGCCAGAAAGGUUCCCAGGGAGAGGCUGGUUUCCCUGGGCUGGAUGGUCUGCCAGGGUUUCCUGGGCAGACUGGACCUAAGGGAACUAAGGGAGAUGUAGGUGCACAGGGUUUGCCAGGGAUUAAGGGGAGUAAGGGAGAGCCUGGUGUGUUUGUGGGC